AUGAGGGAACGGGUACAACUUUUCUUUUCUCCAGAUUCAUCCAGAGAAGGACAGAUGGCAGCUCCGGGUCCAGAUGCAGCUCCUCCGGGUGGAGAACCGGGCCCUCCCUGCCCGGCGCCACCAGGCAGAAGAGCCACUGCCCUUGGUCCAGCUCAGGCUUUCACCUGCGGGGUGUGGCCCCAGAGCAAAGUCCGUGGUGCCAACCCAAGGAGGCGGAAGUCUGCAUCGCAGCCGGCGCUCGGCAUAGACCGGCGGAGCGUUUCUCCAGCAUCCAGGAGCUCUACACCAAGAUCGCGGGCGUGUAUGAGAUCUCGCCAUCCGAGCGCGGCAGAAGCUGACCCAGGACCGUUGAGAGGCGCUGCCGAAGCACCACGUCGGAUCAGUUCGGAACUCUGCAGGGAGCGCCCCAGGGGGAGUGAGAGGGUGGGUCUUCCCUGGAAGGGAAAAGGGAUGGUCCUAAUGGAAUCUCUAGGCUUCCGGACAGACUGCUCUGUGCCACUGACAACGUGGGCCUUGCCCUUGUCUCCUUUCUUCCUGUUCAUUCUGGCGGGCUCUAAACCAGCGGUGGUCGUGAAGGACUCCCGCGGAGCCUGGUUUCCCGGCUCCCGGGGGGCUGCGGGCCUUACCGGGCUCGGGCACCGCACACCCCACACACCCGCACGCUCAGAGCCACGUCCCGCCGCCGGGGGGCUCCCUUGUCGCCCACGCCCAGCCCUGCCUGAUCCGCUGCCUGAAACGCGCUCUCCCAACUCGGCUCCCUCCAACCGCCUCAGCGGAGCUCCUGGCACGAAGAUACUCCUCUCAACCACCUCUCAGGGCGACCGCCAGCCGACAUCUUGCCUGUCACCUCCCCAAAAUAAGUUAUUUAAAAUGGCACGCAUCACGUUCUCAAAUAUGAUGGUUCGAAAAAUGCUGCUGAUGUUGAUGUCUUUUUUAGUAGUUGUGUGGAUUAAUUAUAUAAUAUCUCAAAACUCCACAAAGAUUUGGAAAUCAUUAAAUUUGAGGACUUAUAAAACACAUUUUAAUACCCACCUCCCUCCAUCUCUGUGGAACACUUCCUCGAAGUCCUCAUACAUUAAAACACCACUGAGUCCAUUAAAGCCACCAACAGAAACUGAGCUGAGAAUAAAGGGAAUCAUGGAGAAACUAAACCAGCUGAUCCCACCCAGACCCUUCACCGACAUGACCACCACCAGUGCCGCACACAGCAUCCUCACCCCUUAAGACACAUACAGCAAAGGGGAUCAGCUAGACAUCCCGGUGGAGAUGAGGGACCACUUGGGACACAGGAAGGAAUAUGGCGGGGAUUUCCUGGGGGCCAGGAUGUCCUCCGCAGCCCUGAAGGCAGGCGCUUCAGGAAAGGUGACAGACUUCAACAAUGGCACCUACCUUGUCAGCUUCACUCUGUUCUGGGAGAGCCAGGUCUCUCUGUCUCUCCUGCUCAUCCACCCCAGUGAAGGGGUGUCAGCUCUCUGGAGGGCAAGGAACCAAGGCUAUGACAGGAUUAUUUUCAAGGGUAAAUUUGUUAAUGGCACCACCCAUGUCUUCACAGAAUGUGGCCACACCUUAAAUUCAAGUGCUGAACUCUGUGAAUACCUGGAUACUUGAGACCAAGAAGCCUUCUACUGUGUGAGACCUCAACACAUGCCCUGUGAGGCCCUUAAUCACAUGACUACCAGGAAUCGAGACAUUUCUUAUCUUACUGUCAAGGAAAAGAGUCUUUUUCACAGGUCCAGUAUGGGAGUUGAAAUGAUAAAACAUCUUAAACACAUUAAUGGCUCCCGAUGUAACACUAAUGAAAAGAUAAAAGAGAAAUGCCAAGUUGGAAUGAAGAUUCCUGUUCCUGGCGGUUAUACUUUAGAUGGAAGGUGGAUUACAACAUUUUGCAACCAGAUUCAGUUAAAUACAAUUAAGAUAAAUGGCUGUUUGAAAGGAAAGCUCAUUUACCUGUUAGGAGACUCUACACUGCGUCAGUGGAUCUACUACUUACCCAAGGUUUUAAAAACACUAAAAUUUUUUGAUCUUCACAGAACUAGAGUUUUUAAGAAAUGUUUCCUUCUGGAUGCAGAAAAACAUAUAAAAAUUCAGUGGGAAAAACAUAGCCAUCCUUUUGUCAGUCUCCAGCUCUACUCUGUGAUAGAUGAGAAGUAUAUACCUUGGAUAAUUGACCGGAUAUCAGGUGACAAAAACACAGCUAUUGUCAUCACCCUUGGCCAGCACUUCCGACCCUUCCCCACUGACAUUUUCAUUCGCAGCGCCAUCAAUAUUCGAAAAGCUAUUGAACGACUGCUCCUAAGAAGCCUGGCCACAAUGAUCCUUAAGAUGGAAAACAUCAGGGAAAUGCACAUAGAUACAGAGAGGUUUGGAGACUUUCAUGGUUAUAUUCAAUAUCUUAUCAUGAAGGAUAUUUUCAGUGUUCUCAAUGUAGGUGUCAUUGAUGCCUGGGACAUGACCAUUGCAUAUGGCACCAAUACUCCUCACCCACCCGAUCAUGUGAUUGGAAAUCAGAUUGACCUGUUCUUCAACGACAUUUACUAA